AUGGGUUAUGAUACCGAUGGGUUUAGAGGAGAGUCGUUUCUUAAGAAUACAUACAGUAUGUAUUUGAUGGUAUAUAUAAAGAUUGCAACUUAUUUAUCUAUGUCCAAAAUGGCUAAUGCACAAGUUCGAGUGACCAUGGUUGAUACCGUGCGAGGUGGUCAGCACUUGUUUUAUGAGAGAUUCAAGUUUCGUUGUAAGAAAACGGUCCGUGAGAAGAAGUAUUGGAACUGCGUUGUUGCUGCCUGCAGAGCGUCGGUGAUCACUGAAAACGGCAUUCUUCAAGCGGCUUUGCAGGUGAACCAUACCCACCAACCUAUCCGAUAUGAGAUGGAAGUGGCAUCUUUCAAGACCGAGCUCAUCCACUGUGCUAAGACGGAAACAACACCGAUUCCAGCCAUAUACGGAGAUGAGAGAUACGGACUACAAGAACGAUGAUGAAGUGCGACGACUGGUGAGAAGAGCCGCAGCCAUUCGUCACCACUCGCCC